AUGUACUCUUUUGUUGUUGAAAUUCAUAUGCAGGGCAAUUCCUUGUUAAUCGGUGUGUACGUUCUUCUACAUGUUUUUGUCUCCCAGCUUGCUUUGGGCAUUCGUAUGGAAAAUGGUAGUCCUCUUGCAUCGCCAUCGAAUAAUAUUAGCGUGCUAGAUUGUGGAGCCGUUGGCGAUGGCCUAAAAGACGAUAGUCUCGCAUUUUCAAAAGCAUGGGAAGCUGUAUGUGCUAUUAUAGGGGAAACUCCAACCCUUACAAUACCGGAUGGACCAUUCUUAUUAACUCCAGUUUCUUUCCAAGGUCCUUGCAAUGCAAGCAGCAUUCAUGUUCAGAUCCAAGGAAAACUCGUGGCACCCGAAAAUCCUGAAACUUGGAAGAAUUGUACAGAUAACACUUGGAUAAGAUUUUCAGGCAUUGACAACCUCAUUUUAGAUGGAUCAGGAGAGAUCAAUGGCAAAGGCGCGAAUUGGUGGCACAGUGCUAACCUUUCCUUUGGUGAUAAUAACUUUGACACCAAUUCUACUGCUCUACAAUUGUUAAGUUGCAAUGGUCUUCAAUUAAAAGACCUAACACAUGUAGACAGUCCCAAUGGACAUAUAUCAAUUGUUAGUUGCAACAAUGCAACUAUCUCAAAUCUUCAUAUUGUAGCUCCGGAAAACAGCCCCAACACAGAUGGAAUCGAUAUUAGUUCCUCGACUCAAGUUCAGAUAAGCGAUUCCAUUAUCGAAACAGGCGAUGAUUGUAUAGCAAUCGGAUCAGGAACAUCACAGCUUAACAUAACAGGAAUAACUUGUGGACCAGGCCACGGUAUAAGUGUUGGAAGCUUGGGAAGAGAUGGAGAAACGGCUCAAGUAGAACAAAUUCAUGUAAGGAAUUGCACUUUUAAUGGAAGCACAAACGGCGCUAGGAUCAAAACAUGGCAGGGUGGAUCAGGUUAUGCAAGAAACAUCACUUUUGAAGAUAUUCCUCUGAUAAACGUAGAAAAUCCAAUUAUUAUUGACCAAUAUUACUGCAAUCCUGGUCAAACUUGUGCAGCUCAGAAGUCAGCUGUGGCGAUUGAAGGCAUUACCUAUAAAGGCUUCCAAGGAACAUCAGCAAGCGCGGCAGCAAUUAGUCUAAAUUGUAGCAGCACGGUUGCUUGUACCGGCAUCACCAUGGAGUCCAUCAAUAUUACUGCUUCGAAUCCUUCGGAUAAGGCUUUUGGCAUUUGCAUAAACGCUAAAGGGACAGAAGAUCUAGUUGUACCUCGAGUACCUUGUUUUGUUGUCUAG